AUGCUGCUUAGUCUUGAUGUCUACUUCAGGGUGAAUAUUGUCACUGGUGGCUCUUCUAUGUACCGUGUUCUGACUCCAGAUAGCGCACCAUCUCUUCGUUCAGUGAUUCGAACCGCUGCCCGCGCCCGACUGACGUCGGCAGUGAACUUGAUUGAAUCUUUUCAUUCCGAACAUAUUCAAUCAUUUUGGGGUUUUGCGGCAGCAGCCCGGGUGGCUUUAGUCGGUGCGUUUGCUGGUCUUUUGUGGGCAACGAGUCCUCAAAUGGAUGGAGCAGCGGGUUACGUUGAACAACUCGAAAAGCUUCGCUGGGUCCUGCAGGUACGAGCAUCUGCUGCUCCGUUUGCUCACGAGGUACUUCGCUUGCUUCAUGAAGAGGUCGGCGAUUUGGCUGCUGUAAAGGCAGCCACAUUCCGAGGCUCGUAG